AUGAAAGCACCUGAACUAGUCAGAGUAGUGGCAAAGGGAGUCUUUCUGUUAUGCGUCGUGUUCAGUUGGAGCGAUGAUUCGGGUGGUACAGGCAUCAGGUUCAGUGUGUUGGUCCAAGCUCAGGGCAUACCGGUACUAGUAACGAAUGGUGCCGAAGGUCGAGCUCUCCUUGGUAGUUCCGACAGCCGCUGCUCUUUUGAUUGGACAUUGGACACCUGCAAGUCUGCCGUGGAUGGAAAAUGCGACGAGGGAGACAAGUGCGAAACAGACUGCCAUGAUUGCGACCCGUGCAAAUCAUACAACUUCGACUGCGCAGGCUGUGUUGAGGCUGGCUGCUUUUGGUGUCCUGGUGAUGCACACUGUGCCGGAAGAAAGCUGGAAAACAAUUUUUGGGACAAGUUCAAUAAGGUCUCAUCGUGUAACGCUGAAGACGAUUGGAAGUCUACCUGUGGUGAACCCGUGGGAAACGACAAUUUCUUUUCCGAUCCCUUAUUCGAUGCAAGCACGUGGGCCUUUGAUCUCAUGAAUGUACAGGAGGCGUGGAAAAUGGGAUAUUUUGGAUCGGGGGUUCAUGUUCGGGUCAACGACGAAGGGGUCGAUAUGACACAUCCUGAACUUAUGACCAACUUUGAUAUCCUGAAUUCAUGCGACGACUUCAUGCCCCCGACGAUCAAGGAUGGCCAUGGUACUGCCUGCGCAUCUCUCAUCGUAGGCAAAGCCGACAACGACGUUUGCUCGGUGGGCAUUGCACCAAAGGCGACACUGUCUGCUUGUCGUCUUGUUGGAGAAGACGUGACCAUUUCUGAUGCAGAAGCUCUCACCGCUCACAUGGAAGUCGUCGAUAUUUCCAGCAAUAGUUGGGGACCAAAUUCGUGCGAAUACACCGGAAAAAACAAGAGACGCCUGAAGAAGCAACAGUGUCCCUUUGAUCCAAAUGCGAAGAAUAGUCCCUGCGGUGCUUGUGGGGGAAACAUCAAAUCCAAAACGUGCAGAAGGGCCAUUGUCAAAUUCUGCUCCAGGCCGUCAAACUUUGAAAACCAUCGCUUGGAGUGUGCAGAAUACCUGGAUCUCUACGUUGAUUGUACAUACAAUGCACUUGACCCAGCCGAUGGGGCGACACUAGGCCAACUAGUCAUGAAAGGGCGCAAUGGUCUCGGGACCAUCAUCUUGUUUGCAUCGGGGAACAACCACGAGUUUGGAGAGAACACCAACUUUGAUCCUUGGGUCAGCAGUAGAUUCACUAUUGGGGUGGCAGCCGUGGACAAGAGUGGAAAACACGCAUCGUACUCAAAUCCAGGGGCAGGGGUCCUGGUCAGUGCCCCCGGUGGCGACGGUGAAAACAUUUUGAACAAUGUGGUGGCCACGCCGUUUGAUGGUGGUUGCGGAGACUCUGGGUCAGGUACAAGCUUUGCAUGUCCUCGAGUAGCCGGUGUUGUUGCCUUGAUGUUGGAAGCCAACCCUUUUCUAGGCUGGAGGGACGUCCAAGGUAUUCUCGCACAGACGGCUCGGGUAACACACCCAAGUGAUGGAACAUGGGUUGUAAACGGAGCUGGAUUGCGGCAUAGCGAAAAGUAUGGCUUUGGCAUUGUCGAUGCUGCUGCUGCUGUCUCUGCAUCCAUCAACUGGCAGAUUUUUGGACCCGAAAUGCAAAUUGUGAAGGAAUCGGGUACAAUCAACAGACGGAUCUGGAACCACGAGUUGCUUGCCACCACCCAUUCUUUGCAUGUGGAUACUGAUGACUUUGUGGCAGAGUCAGUGGUGCUGUACUUGAACAUUGUACACGGAUCGAGAGGAGAUUUGCAGGUGGAGUUGAUCUCACCCUCGGGCACGGUGUCUGUGCUGCACCCAAGCGACCGACCCGAGUUCACGGCCAUGGCGGGUGAAGAGCACUGGAAACUCACGACGGUAAAGAACUGGUACGAGAAUCCCAAAGGAGAUUGGACUUUACGGAUCUCGGACCGUGACUCCCAAAGAGUGGUUGUCUGCAAAGACUAUCCUUUCACGACCACAAUUCACUUGGAGGGUGACAAGUAUGAGAUCGAUUGCGACAUGAUGAAGGAGGCCGGUUUCUGUGCGAAUGGUGUUCUUGAUGCGGGCAUGGGAACGUAUCUGAAAAGAUACGCGGCGCGGAAGGCCAAAUCAUCUUGCUGCGCUUGUGGAGGCGGUAAGAAACCUCGCGGAGGUGAUCGAUUGCUUGACUGGACCAUGAUUGUGUAUGGCCAUGAAAGGCUAGACUAG